AUGAAGCUGCACUGGAUGAACACAACUUUUGGUCUUGCAAUCAAACUGUCUCAAUUGGGAGAAGAACAUCCAGACACUGCCGAGUCUUUUGGCGCCAUUGGAAUUGGGCUUUUCUGUCGAGGCUACUUUGAUGGUUCGCUAGUCGAAUUCAAGAAAUGCUUGGCUACCCAGGAAUCUUGCCUUGGGACCAGCCAUGCUCACACAGCUUCAUCAUGCAGCAACAUUGGGGGCGUUCUCAAAGCCAAGGGUGAUUACGAUGGCGCACUGGAACAAUGCAACAAGGUUCUUGCCAUCAGGGAAAAGGAGCUUGGUUUUAACCACCCAGACACUGCAGCUGCACAUUUCAAUAUCGACUGUGUCCUAGAGGCCAAGGGAGACUAG